AUGAUAUUGCGUGGAGUGGAAUUUCAUAUAUUAAAUGCGCAUAAUGGACGAUGUUUGUUACAUUUAUACGCGAAACUUGGUUCAAGAGUACGGAUGAACAAUAUUGAAGAAGGGUCCUUAUUACCUUAUGAAAAGUUGGAAAGAAAUGUAAAUAUUAUACGACAAAGACUAAAAAGACCACUUACAUUAUCCGAGAAAAUAUUAUAUGGACACUUGGAUGAACCAGAUAAGCAGGAGAUUAAACGAGGUUCCUCAUAUUUGCGACUGAGGCCAGAUCGAGUAGCAAUGCAGGAUGCCACUGCACAGAUGGCCAUGCUACAGUUUAUCUCCUCAGGACUUCCACAGGUUGCAGUACCAUCGACUAUCCACUGUGAUCAUUUGAUUCAAGCACAGUUAGGAGGAACCCCUGAUUUAAAACGAGCUAAUGAUCUCAAUAAGGAGGUUUAUGACUUUUUGUCCUCAGCGAGCAAUAAGUAUGGUGUUGGUUUUUGGAAACCAGGAAGUGGCAUUAUUCAUCAGAUUAUCUUGGAAAACUAUGCUUUCCCCGGACUGUUGCUAAUAGGCACUGACAGUCACACACCAAUGGGAGGUGGUUUGGGAGGUUUAUGCAUUGGUGUUGGAGGUGCUGAUGCUGUUGAUGUUAUGGCCGAUAUUCCCUGGGAGUUGAAAUGUCCGCAAGUGAUUGGUGUCAAAUUGACAGGCGAACUCUCAGGUUGGACAUCCAGCAAGGAUGUUAUCUUGAAGGUAGCAGAUAUACUUACUGUAAAGGGUGGCACAGGCUGUAUUGUGGAGUACUUCGGUCCUGGUGUUGAUUCAAUAUCAGCAACUGGUAUGAGUACAAUUUGCAAUAUGGGUGCAGAAAUUGGUGCGACAACAUCGGUGUUUCCUUUCAACGAUAAUAUGGUGGAAUAUUUGAAAGCCACAAAACGAGAAGCUAUCGCGAACGAAGCAAUGCGAUAUAAGGAAAUCCUAGUACCAGAUGAAGGUUCAGAGUAUAAUAAGCUGAUUGAAAUAAAUCUCAGCACAUUGGUACCGCAUGUUAAUGGACCAUUUACUCCGGAUUUGGCGCAUCCAAUUGAUCUUCUUGGAAAAAAUGCACAGGCGAAUGAUUGGCCAUUAGAAAUUAAAGUCGGUCUCAUUGGUUCUUGCACAAAUAGUUCUUAUGAAGAUAUGACACGCGCUGCAAGUGUUGCAAAACAGGCACUUGACAAAGGACUGAAGGCAAAGUCGAAAUUUACAAUAACACCUGGAAGUGAACAGAUUCGAGCAACCAUGGAAAGAGAUGGCUUAACGGAGAUUUUCACAAAUUUUGGUGGUGUAGUACUUGCAAACGCUUGCGGCCCUUGCAUUGGUCAGUGGGAUAGGAAAGAUGGCGAAAAAAAUACGAUUGUAACUUCGUACAAUCGUAAUUUUACUGGUCGGAAUGAUGCAAAUCCAGCAACUCAUGCAUUUGUUACUUCACCAGAAUUGGUUACAGCUUUGACUCUUGCAGGACGUCUUGAUUUUGAUCCGCGAAGCGAUGAGCUUGAAACUCCAAGCGGUAGCAAAUUCAUGCUGCAACCACCAAGCGGUGAUAGCCUGCCACCAAAAGGUUAUGAUCCGGGUGUAAACUAUUAUCAGGCUCCAUCAGGUCAUGGUAAUGUUGUGGUCGAUGAAAAUAGCGAGCGUUUACAACUUUUGCAACCAUUCAAUCCUUGGAAUGGGAGAGAUUUCGAAAAUAUGUUAAUAUUAAUUAAAGUAAAAGGAAAAUGUACAACGGAUCAUAUCAGUGCUGCUGGGCCUUGGUUGAAAUUCCGUGGUCAUUUGGAUAAUAUUUCAAAUAAUUUAUUUUUGACUGCUGUUAAUGCGGAUAAUGGUGAGAUGAAUAAGGUUCGCAAUCAUUUGACAGGAAAAUAUGAUACAGUAGCUCAAACGGCACGUCAUUACAAAUCGGAAGGAGUAGCGUGGGUAGCGGUAGGUGAUGAAAACUAUGGUGAAGGUUCAUCACGUGAACAUGCAGCUUUGGAACCUCGACAUCUUGGUGGAUGUGCAAUCAUUGUAAAAAGUUUUGCUCGAAUUCAUGAAACGAAUUUGAAAAAACAAGGUAUGCUCCCAUUAACGUUUGCUGAUCCAAAUGAUUACAAUAAGGUUCAACCGAAUGAUAAAGUAUCGAUCGUUGGUUUGAGAAAUUUCGCGCCUGGCAAGCCAUUGAAGUGCAUCCUGAAACAUGCUGAUGGUAAAGAAGAGGAGAUCUGGCUAUCUCACAGUUUUAAUGAGGCUCAAAUCGAAUGGUUUAAGGCUGGCUCAGCACUUAAUCACAUGAAAUCAGUGAAGAAGUGA